AUGUCAAAAGUGCCUUUAUUAAAUGGUGUAUAUGAUCCUAACAAAUGUCACAGUGUAUUAGUUGCUUUAUUACAUCCUAGUAAUCAAUUAUAUGGAUAUGAUUCUAAUUUUUCAAAAAAAUUUAAUUUUACUUUAUGUUCCAAAUGUAAUAGUCAGCUAACUAGAGAUCAAAAUACUUAUAAUAAAAGUGAGAAAAAUAAAGAUCCAACGCAAGAAAAUAAUCAGAUUUUGAUAAAUGAAAAAAGUGAAACAACUAUAAAGCAAUCUGAUAAAAUUUCUAAAGUAGAUAACACGCCUAAUUCAGAUUCAUCUUUUUGCUUUAAACUAUUAAUUAAAACACCUGAUUUAACCAAACCAGCGAAGGCAAUUACUUUAGAAAAAAAGCCAGUUGAUUAUUAUUAUGAAUUUGAAGAACUAAUACUACAAAGGAUUUAUGAUGAUGAAGAAUCUAUAAGUGAAGAAAAUGAGAUUACGCCACCUUCAAAACAAAAAAAGAAAACUUCCGUUCCUAAAGAAUCAAAUUUGGAUGAAAUCGAUCUUAUGAAAGGGGAAAUUCAUAAGAAAUUCAAAGAAAAGCAUGGAUGUAAUAUCCAUAAAACAGGAUAUUGUUACAUCAAAGAUGAUAGACAUUUACCGCUCACAACAUUACAUUUAUCUAUGUGGACUAAUGAAAUUUAUAAGAACCAUUGUGAUUAUGAAACUCCACCACCACGUCCUAAUUUUGGAAGGGAAAACUCUCUAAAGGUUCCAUCAUCAAAUCAAUCGUCAACAGCAUCAGCAAGUAAUAAAUUUAUAAACUGUUAUUCCCAUUAUAAUAUUCCACAACCGAAUGCUUAUUCUUAUUAUUAUGGAUGGCCAUCAUAUCCACCACCACAUCCACAAUCACAUCCACCAUCGCAUCCACAUUCACAUCAAUCAUCACAACAAUUACCAUCAAUUUACAUUAUCACAUCCAUCAAAUAUUUCAACUUUACAAUCUGA